UUUAGUGGUUUUCUUUUUCGCAUUCGCUGCUGUAGUACCUGAGUGAUCAUCACAGGCCGCCGUAGUUCCUGACCGAGGUGAGAAUGGCCGGCUGGAUGUUGCUCCGGUGUCUUUUCGGGCCCAAUCUACAGCGGAUCCACCGCUCACCGGACCAGACACGUACUGACGGCAGAACACCCCGCAGGGGCUGGAAUUAUCAGCCCAGAGGUUUGGAGAGGCACACAGAUAGCAUCCUCGGAUGGGCCUCAGUGCUGUGGUCUCUGUCCUACUACAGUUCUCCAUUGCUCCUCUGUUAUCUCUACAGGAAAGGGUACAUCUGCAGCAGUAAGCUGGCUCCUCUCAGUCAGUAUGUUGGCACAGCGCUGGUCUGUCUGCUAGGAGUGGCCUAUCUGAGAGGUUGGGGACGCUGGAGAAACCCAGAGUACCUUGAGUUCAUCACCAUACUGGAGGAAACCAGGAGGAACAACACGCCUAGCAACAAGAAAAAACGUGCAUGCUUUGACUUCGACUUCAAACACUGGCCUGUAGAUUUCAGCUGGAAAGAAGUUAGUAGUCUGAAGCUGUCUAAAGGUGGCGUGUCCCUGCUGAGGCCGGAGCCGAAACACAGAGGAGCAGCAGACAGUGUGCUAAAUUCAGUUCGCACACUACCAUGCCACAUCUUAAGUUAUCUGAUAGUGCACUCAUUCGGACGGAGGAUGCUGUAUCCGGGCUCAGUGGGUCUGUUGCAGAAGGCCAUGAGACCCAUGUUACAGCAGGGCCAGGCCAGACUUGUAGAAGAGUUUGACGGUCAGCGGAACAAACUGGUGGCUUGUGAUGGGAAUGAGAUUGACACCAUGUUUGUCGACCGGAGGAAAGAUGGGGGGCAAGCUGGAAAAACUCUGGUGAUCUGCUGUGAAGGAAACGCAGGAUUCUAUGAGGUUGGCUGCAUGAACACGCCACUAGAAGGUGGAUAUUCAGUGUUGGGCUGGAAUCACCCAGGGUUUGGUGGCAGUACAGGAGUUCCAUUUCCUCAAAACGAGGCCAAUGCGAUGGACGUCAUCAUUCAGUUUGCUGUGCACAAACUGGGCUUCCAGUUGAGUGACAUUAUUGUGUACGCUUGGUCAAUAGGGGGCUUUACAGCGAGUUGGGCUGUGAUGUCAUACCCAGAGAUCCGAGCUCUGGUUCUAGAUGCCUCAUUUGAUGACCUUUUACCACUUGCACUAAAGGUCAUGCCUGACAGCUGGAGACCCUUGGUCACCCAUACAGUGAGGCAGUACAUGAACCUGAAUAAUGCUGAACAGCUCUGCAGGUACCAGGGACCAGUGUUAUUGAUCAGAAGAACCAAAGAUGAAAUCAUCACUACCACGGGUCCAGAGGAUAUCAUGUCUAACAGAGGGAAUGACCUUUUGCUCAAACUACUCCAGUACAGGUAUCCUAAAGUCAUGACAGAGGAUGCUAUCAGGGCAGUCAGGCAGUGGCUCGCAGCAGGGACACAGACUGAAGAAGAAUCUGUGUACACGGGCUAUGAGGUGGAUGAUGAUUGGUGCUUGUCUGUGCUGCAGUCCUAUCAGAAUGUUUAUAGGUCAUUAAUCUAA